AUCGCGUUCAGCCACAUACCACAUUUCGAGCACUUGCGGUACAGGUCCGCUUCACGGGUGUUCCAAGGUUCAGUUGACCAGGAGAUCGUGCCUGCCUAAUUGAACGACCAUGGUCGCUCCUUCCAAAAUCAGCUCCUCAUCGAUUGCGACUGAAAUGGCAGGAGCGACCAUGUGGCGCCCAAUCGCUCUUUCCUCUUCAGCGCGCGUCGAAGGUCGGGCUUUCCCAGUCGGAGUCUUCUGAGUUAUUUUCCCGACAAGGCAGGAGCGAUGAGCUUCAUAAGCUUAUCAAUCUACUGCUCGUGCUUUUUGUUGUCACCGACACUUGUCCCCACGCGCUUUCGCAACCUCAGGUUACCCAACGACUGCUAGCCCAUGACGAUAACUAAUCGAUAAGAUAAUAAUAGCCCAUGAUCCCCGUUUUCCGCACACAAAUGUGGUUAGGCAAUCCUUCAGCCCACGGUUGGUCACCGCUGAGUGGGCCAGGCCCAGGGUCAUGACGUCCCAGAACGGUUGGGCUCUCCCCCCGCGCCGUAAGCAAUUUCUCCCCGCUACGACAAGGCUGCCGAACUAAUUAUCAUCGGAUCUUCAGCCCUACGGCGAUCGUCGCAUCUUCAUCUCCUCAAGACAACAAAACAAGCGGAGGGACAAGAGACCACAGCCAAGAUGCUCCGCAAAAAAGAAACAUACACCGUAACGACCCCAAUCCCCUCCUCCGUCACGCGCGCCCUCGCCCUCGACAUCCUCCACAGCCACGGUGAAAUCAUCACCCUCAACCCGCUCGUCCUCUCCCACAAGGCCAUCAAGGCUCCCCGAAGCGCCUCCGCAGACGAAUACUACAUGACCUGGUACGAGAUCACCGAGCGCGUGCAGUAUGUUCCUGGACUCGGCAGGAUGGGCUCGGGGAAGAUAAGCUUCAAGGGGUGUUUCCAUGACGAGCCGUGGGGAUUGACAACGCAUACGUAUGCGCCCAUGUCGAUUGAUCUGAAGAAUCAGUAUCGCAUCGUCGGGAACGAGCCCGGGGAGCCGCCAGAUUUCGAGACGAAUGCGCCCGGACAGGGACUGUUUCUGCGCGAGGAUGUCACCAUCGAGUGUAAUGUGACGCUCAUGUCGUUUGUCAAGGGGCAGCUCAAGACGUCGACGAAGGUGCUUGUUGAUCGGUUCCUGAAGAAGGCGGAGCUGCUUGAUGCCGGAGUGUUGCAGGGAAUGGUCGAGGAUGGGAAACUCAGGACAUUUAAUCCGGCCGAUCGUAGUGAGACGCUGUAUCAGCACCCGCAGCGACCGACGUCGUCGUCAGGAGGGACGAAUGAGUGGGAUGGCUCGCGGCGAAUGUCGUAUCAAGUCCCCAAGUCGCCGAUGGAGCGCUCGCAGUUUGGUUCGAUUUCGUCGCAGGCAAGCUAUGGGGUUAAUCAGCAAAAUCCCCGGUAUAGCCGUGGAUCGGAACAGCCGCACGGCCGCAGCUUCGCUGCAGAAUUACCCGCCGAUACAUAUCAUGCAUACCAGCCACAGCAGGCGUCGGAUAAGGUCAUGGAGCUGCCGGAUAAUUCGGCGUACGGCAAAAGGUUCCCCGUUGAGCUGCCGGCGACGAUUGAGAGGCCAGAUGAGCAGAGCCACGGCGUAAAGAUUGCGUAUAAUCAUGUCUGAUGUGAUGUUGAUGUUAUUGUAUACCCUCCUUGUGUGAUGUUUUCGUCGUGUGGCCGUUUUCUGUUGAUAUCCCCGAUUUCGCUACCCUUCUAAUCAGUGACCCUUAUACGUUUUGUAUGCUUCAAUCUCGUGUAAUGUUGCAACGGACAAUACCACAGAGACGAAGCAUAGUAGCCGCCAAUGCUUAUAUUCAUAUUGAUACAUCUCGCCUCG